AUGUUUUCACAACCUGUUUGUACAUUAAUAAUUACUACGAAAGAUUAUAUUUUUAUGGAUUCUGUGUACGAGGAGUUUUCCCGCUACGAUUUUGAGUCGGACCGCGACUACGUGGCCGGACUGCGCCAGGUGAUGGAGCAGUACUUGGUGCUUCAAAGCGAGACCGAUCUGGAGAUCCAGAAGGACGUUUCGGAGGGCAAGCUGGACUUUGCUAAAAUCAAGCCGGCCGACAAGGAGCAGCUUAUCUGGCAGGCCAAGGUGUUUUUCUUCUGUUCCAAGACGGGAAACAUCCUGGACCUGGACGACUACAAGAAAUGGGAAGCUCAAAAGACGGAAACCAAGCCGCAAGACGCAGAGAUCCCGUACUCGUCCAACUACGAGCAAUUGGUCGACCUGAUAGUCAACAACAAGCCGAUUCCGGGCAUCAAACAGAUCCCAGACACCGUUCUGGGCGCGGAGAUCGCCUCAGAUAGCACUCUGACCGAACGUAAGAAGCCUUGGGAGGUCAAGACCCAAGAGUCUACAGCCACCCAAAUUAAUGCCCCCAAUUAA